AUGUUCUUACCGUUCAAGAACCUCUCGACGCGGCAAAGUGCUGGGUAUGCCGUGCUGUGUGUAGCGCUGGGUCUUGGGAUCAAGUAUUUCGAUGACCAGAUGCCCCAGCGGGACGCGACCGCAUUGAAGAGCGACGCUCGGGCUUGGAGCGACUUGGACGAGCAAGCCGAAGCUAAACCCAAACGCCCCGACAAUUCACGCAAGUUGAUGGGAAAACGCUCGUGA